CUUUUCUCUAAUUUCCAGUUGUUUAGUAAUUGGUGGCCUAGUCAUCCACCUUCAACUAAGACGAACCAUUUUUUUUUCCCCAUGGCACCACACACAAAGAACACUUCUUUGUACAGAAUUUCAACAGUGAGAAUUCAUAUCGACGCCGAGCGGUUUUGAUAUUGAUUAAGUCUGCAAACCCCGUCGUGGCCAAACCUAAACAGACAAGUAUCGGACCCCCCUGGUCUCCAGAAGAAAAAAUCAUGGCCAAGGCAAAGUCAACUAGGUCUUUCCCCAGGUUUUUCUGUAUGCGAGCUGCAAUGUCCCGUGCUCUCUGUGAAGAAUUUUGCCAAGCUCAUCAAGCAGUUCGAACUCAAGUAGUGUCCGCCUUGGUAUAUCCAGGUGACUAUUUGUCUUACAAGUGAAUAAUAGUUCCAAGGGGAACUUCGUCACCGCCGCUCGUUGCUCACCUAGAUCCCCCACCGCAUGUCUACCGCCAUUUUAUCAUUUUACCUCACCUCCAGGGUCUCACUAGCGUGUAUUCUGUCUUUGAACUCCUUAAUUUCCAGAUCUUGUCAGGCGGAAUAGUCUCUACCCAACCAGGGCCCCAUUUGCUCCCACUCUCCCUGGCUCGGCAGUCACACGACCCGGCCGCUUAGAAACGUUACUUUGUGAUUUGCUGAAUCGCACGUUACCGAUCAGACUAAUAUCGAAUGGGUACUUACACGGCCCAUAAACUGAAUACUACAAAGAGGCUGAGCCACGCGGUCCUAAGACUGUUUCUGUUCAGUUCCACGUUCUCAUCCUUUCACCUAGCUCUUCUUGUUAGGGAGCUUUGGAACACCUGCCCUCCCCUACGCCCUAGGAUUAUUGUCUACCUCUAGGUCUAGUCAAGAUGCGUCUGCUCAAUACAUCGUCGCUGCUACUGGCAGUGCUCAUGUGGGUAGGAGUGAGCGCCUACUGGCUUGGUGAUCUUCCUAAUCAGGGAGUUGCCCCAUUUGCCGGGGCAGGCUACACUGUCCGAAGAAAUGUUCGCGAUUAUGGAGCUCGAGGCGAUGGAGUUACGGAUGAUACCGCUGCAAUCAACGCAGCUCUCCAAGCCGGGAACAGGUGCGGGAAAGGAUGUGCUUCCACAACGACCACGCCAGCACUCGUCUACUUCCCGGCAGGCACUUACUUGAUCUCCACAUCUCUUCUGCCUCCCUACUUCACUAUGAUGAUUGGAGAUGCCUCCAACCCUCCUAUAUUGAAGGCAACUUCGAAUUUCCAAGGGUUUGGGCUUAUUGAUGCGAACCCAUACUACACCGGAGACCUUAACUGGGCAUCAGUCAACAACUUCUAUAAGCAAAUCCGUAAUUUUGUGAUCGAUACGACAAAUAUCCCAGCCCAGACUGCAGCUACUGGAGUUCACUGGCCUACUUCGCAGGCAACAAGCAUGCAGAACGUCGAAUUCCGCAUGCCAACAACCCCCGGUGUUGUCCAUGUAGGACUCUUUAUCGAAUCUGGGUCUGGUGGUUUCUUGAGCGACUUGACCUUCAUUGGAGGUGCUACGGGCGCCAGCAUGGGCAAUCAGCAGUACACCAUGAGGAACCUGAUCUUCAAGAACUGCGAUGUCGCAAUCAUCCACCUUUGGGACUGGGGAUGGACUUAUUUUGGACUGCAAAUCGAAAAUGCAAGGAUCGGUAUCGACAUGUCAUCAUUGACGAACACUAGCUCUCAAAACGUUGGCUCGUUGACUUUGAUUGACAGCACCAUGACAAACGUUGCAACCGGUAUCAAAACCGCUUUCUCCUCAAACUCCCAACCCCGGACAGCUGGCAGUGUAAUCCUCGAGAAUGUCCAACUCAACAACGUGCCGGUCGCCGUCACUGCCGCGCAGGGUACCGUUCUCACUGGCUCGACCGGCUCGACCACAAUCACCGGAUGGGGCCAAGGUCAUCGCUAUGUUCCCAAUGGACCCGACAGAUGGCAGGGUGCCAUAACCCCAGUCUCUCGCCCGGCCUCAAUGCUUUCUGGCUCUAGGUGGUACACAAAGGCGAAGCCCCAGUAUGAGACUCUUCCAGUGUCGUCGUUCAUCACCGCUCGCUCGGUUGGUGCCAAAGGUGACGGAAGUACCGACGACACCAAUGCUCUGCAGAACGCCAUCAACACAGCUCAGCAGCAGGGCCUGGUCCUGUGGAUCGAUCAUGGCAUUUACCGGGUGACUGGCACCAUCACGAUCCCGGCUGGCUCAAAGAUCGUCGGUGAGAGCUUCCCUGUGAUUAUGAGCUCGGGAUCUUUCUUUGCCGACAUGAACAACCCCCGACCUGUGAUUCAGGUUGGUGCGACGAGCGGGACCGUGGGGCGCGUUGAGCUUUCCGACUUUAUGGUAUCGACGCAAGGUGCCCAGGCCGGAGCUACUCUGAUCGAGUGGAACUUGGCCUCGACCGGAGAGCCCAGCGGCAUGUGGGAUGUGCACACUCGCGUUGGUGGCUUCACUGGUAGCAACCUCCAGGUCGCCCAAUGCCUCAAGACGCCAGGCUCGUCGGCCGUCAACGCGAACUGUAUCGCGGCUUACAUGGGCAUGCAUGUUACCAAGGGUGCCAGUGGCCUAUACAUGGAGAACGUCUGGAUUUGGACUGCAGAUCACGAUAUCGAUGACCCCAACCUCACCCAGACCACCAUCUAUGCUGGCCGUGGUUUGCUCGUCGAGAGCACAGCUGGAAACAUAUGGCUGAUCGGCACCGCUUCCGAACACUUUGUGCUCUAUCAGUACCAAUUCUUGAACACCCAAAACAUCAUGGGUGCGCAGUUCCAGACCGAGACUCCAUACUACCAGCCGAUGCCCCAGGCCACGAGCCCCUUCCCGCCAGUGUCAGCAAUCAGCGACCCCGACUUUGCCGUCUCCUGCCGCGGGAUCGCCGGAAACUGUGCCAACGCUUGGGGUGUCCGUUACAUCGGCUCUAGCAACAUUGCCGUCUACGGGUCUGGUCAGUACUCCUUCUUCAACAAUUACAGCACGACGUGCUCCACAGUCGAGGCCGGCGAGAACUGUCAGUCGAGGAUCGUGGACCUGCAAGGUUCGCUAUCCAACAUCAACAUCUACAACCUCAACACCAUCGGCUCGUUGAGCAUGAUUGACAGGGAUGGGAGGUCACUGGCGAGCUGGUCGGACAAUGUCAACGUCUAUCCUCAGACGAUUGCCAUGUUCAGAACAAACUGAUUUAAGAGGGAGGUCGACAUGUUGGGGAGGCUUCAAAGGAUGAUGCCGAAUACGCUAACAGUAUUCUUGCUGACCUGCCGACCUGCUGAAUAUAUUUCUUCUUUUCUUUUGUUCUAUUGUGGACAUCUUCUUGGUCCCUCUGAAAGCUUUCAAAGUCUUAUAGCUCUGUGUACAUAUCCGGAGGGCAGGAGCAAAUAAAUAUACCAUUACUCUCCACAAACAGAGCACAUUGCUAGUCGAUGCACUUGUCCUCUGGCCAGGUCACAACAUAACCGUCACACGUUUUCCGCACCUCCUCAUCACCUGCGUCUCCCUUGAACAUGACCGUAUCCAUCUUCUUCUCCAACACCUUCUCGACCACGAACCCGCGAUCCCGCACCACGUCAAAGAACUUGAGGUCCCUCUCCCGCAGCCACGGCCUGUAGCUAGUGAAGAAAACAUAUGCCCUGCUGUUCUUUGACCGCUUGAGCGCCCUCUCGAUCGUCAAGGCGAUGUUCUCGUGCUCCGUGUGCCUAAACAGCAAAUCCGCCAUGAUGAGGACGUCGACGCCGUCACUCGCAGCCUUGGGCCCCGGCAUCUUGGCCAGGACCGCCUCGACCUCCUUGCCCCACACGUAGCCAUCCACGACGACCUUUUCCGCCCGCGGCUGCGGCACCAGGUCGCACUCGUCGACGUUGCGGCGCAGCGCGACCAGCACGUCAGGGUCCGGGUAGUCGGUGG